UCAACUUCGGAUGCGGCCUUAUAAAAGGAAGCGGCUCCGCGAGUCAACCACGCAGUGUUCAACAAGUAGUAGGUGCAACAGUUGACAGAAUUCCGAUUCUGAUUCAAACGGUUUCCAGGAAUAUAUUUUAAAAGACGUCCACAUCGCCAACGACCCGCGCACUAAUCCCGAGCUCAUCCGCAGAGGCUGUAUGAACAUGAAGCCUGACAUCCUAGCGCUCUGCAUCCUGGCUACCACGAUCCUGUGCAGCAGGACGCGUCACGUCGCCGGCUUCCUGACUGCGCAGUCCACCGCCAGCGGAGGAGCACGCGGAGCAGACGGUGCCAAAGUGGGUGACCACCAGGGCGUGGCGUCCGGACCACAACGUCUGCAUUUGCCGAUUCUAGCGGUCGGGGGCGGACCCGUUCGUCAAGGACCCGCUUUGCCCGGCGACGUCCUGGAUGCCCAGGAGCGAGCUGUUUACGAUCCCGGCGAUGAAUUACUCCGCGCCCAGGAGCUCGGAUUGGCGGUGGUUCCUCAAGGCCCCGACUACGCCGAUGCGGUGUACAACGAACUCGAGCUGGCCAGCAAGUUCGAGGUGCUCAAGAAGAUGGAGGAGGAUUUGCGGGCCGAGCAGGAGUUGGUGGACAAAUCCGCUUUGCUCAUGAAAAUGCUGGAGGAUCCCUCAUUGGAAACCUUGCCCUUGGUUUACGUGGAGGAGGAGGAGCCGGAGGCCGUGAUUCCUUCCGGCGGAGCCGAGGACUACGCCGACUUGGAGAAUGCCGUUCAGGAUUUGGUUUUGGGCCAGAGCAAAUCCAAGCGUUCGCGCUACUAUCGAAGGUAUCCGUGGAAGCGCCACAACAAGAAUCGCGGUUCUUACAUGAAUUCUAUCAACAGCAACUAUGAACCGGAAUUGCGGUAUGCCUGCACACCUAGUAAGGAGGAUAUAUUCAAGCUGCUGGUCAAUCUGCACGAGAAUCGCAAGGGCAAUCACAGCAAGACGGUUAACUUCUGCAAUCGGAAGCGUCCGGCCAAGGCGGUCUUCACCAACAUUAGGUUCCUGGGCUAAGGCACAGGAUCUGGGAUGGAAGCCAUUAGACCACACAUACAGACACGACACUGACAGACACAUAUGUAUACCAAGCAUCAAUUGUACAUUGCUGACAAAGUCGAGCGCCAAACUGGAGAACAACAAGCACUAACAAUUAGCCUAACUAAUUUACUAACUACUUACUACUUAACUACCCGGCUAAACGAGCUAAACGAGCUGAACUAAAAAUACUUCGUUAUCUCGCUGGGCUAGAGACCCUUGUGAGCCUCCCCUAAUUCCAAUUGUAGACAAUUAAAAAACUUUUAUAACUCUCAAUGUGUUGUAUAUACUAACGAAAUAAACAAAGUUAUAGUA